GCGGCGCCGAAGUUGUCCGGCGAAGCGCACCGCCGACUCCUCACCCUCUCCUCCGCCGUGCGUAAAGCUCAAUGCUGCCGUCAUCCGCAGCGGACAUCCGACAAGACUUCUCACAUAAUCGUCAUCACAUUGUUGUUGUUUUUUCUUUCACCCCCCGGAGGAACGUCCCCGGGAGCCGAUGCAUCCAUGAGUCUUAGCGGGGAACCGAGCAUCGUCCUCCUGCUGGCGCUCCUGCUCGCAGCGCAAGGUUGUUUUGCGUCCAAAGCAGAGGACCGAUUAUUCCGCAAGUUAUUCCGAAGGUACAACCAGUUCAUCCGACCAGUGGAGAAUGUGUCUGAUCCGGUCACGGUAGAAUUUGAGGUGUCCAUAUCUCAACUAGUCAAAGUGGAUGAGGUGAAUCAAAUCAUGGAAACUAAUCUGUGGCUGAGACAUGUUUGGAACGACUACAAGCUGCGAUGGGCCCCUGUGGAAUAUGAUGGAAUUGAGUUCAUCCGAGUUCCAUCCAACAAGAUUUGGAGGCCUGACAUCGUUUUGUACAAUAAUGCCGUGGGGGACUUUCUGGUGGAGGACAAGACCAAGGCUCUGCUGAAGUUCGACGGCACCAUCACUUGGGUUCCUCCGGCUAUAUUUAAAUCCUCCUGCCCCAUGGACAUCACCUACUUCCCUUUUGACUACCAGAACUGCUCCAUGAAGUUUGGCUCCUGGACCUACGACAAGGCCAAGAUCGACCUGGUGCUCAUUGGCUCCAAGGUGAACCUGAAGGACUUCUGGGAAAGUGGCGAGUGGGAGAUCAUCGACGCUCCCGGUUACAAGCACGACAUCAAGUAUAAUUGCUGCGAGGAGAUCUACCCGGACAUCACCUACUCCUUCUACAUCCGCCGCCUGCCGCUCUUCUACACCAUCAACCUCAUCAUCCCCUGCCUCCUCAUCUCCUUCCUCACCGUCUUGGUCUUCUACCUGCCGUCCGACUGCGGCGAGAAGGUCACCCUCUGCAUCUCCGUCCUGCUGUCCCUCACCGUGUUCCUCCUGGUCAUCACCGAGACCAUCCCCUCCACGUCGCUCGUCAUCCCGCUGAUCGGCGAGUACCUCCUCUUCACCAUGAUCUUCGUCACGCUCAGCAUCGUCAUCACCGUCUUCGUGCUGAACGUGCACUACCGCACGCCCAUGACUCACACCAUGCCCGAGUGGGUUCGCUCGGUGUUCCUCGGGGUGCUGCCCAGGGUGAUGCUGAUGAGGCGGCCCAUCGACCAAGGCGGCUCGUCCACCGCCAGCAUCGCAGCCGGCACGGGCGGAGGCGGCGGAGGGAACAAGAAGAGAAAGAACAGCGUCGGAAGCGGGUCGGGAAGCGUGAGCAUCGGAGGUAUCACGGGAGGCGUUCCGUGCCCGUCGCUGGAUGGCGGCGCCGGGGCCUCCUCGGCGGGCGGCUCCAUGAACUGUAUCGAGUACGGCGAGAUGAACCGUGAGGCUAAGCGGGAGAUGAACAGAAGGUGUCCCUACAGAGGCAAGGAGGUUCCCACGCCCGUCCCUCCCGCCUCAUCUCAGGGCGCCCAGCAAAGGCCUCCCGAGUCGGAGUUGCCUAAACUCCCGAGGUCUUUGAACGCACCCUCCCCGGUGAACGCUGUCGUGGCGUUCUCUGUGGUCUCACCUGAGAUCAAGCAGGCCAUUGAGAGCGUGAAGUACAUCGCCGAGAACAUGAGGACGCGCAACAAAGCCAAAGAGGUGGAGGACGACUGGAAGUACGUGGCCAUGGUCAUCGACAGGAUCUUCCUGUGGGUCUUUGUGACGGUGUGUGUGCUGGGAACUCUGGGACUCUUCCUUCAGCCGCUCAUCAGCUUUUUCAAAUGAAAUAUGCACUUUCUGCUCCUCUUUCUCUGUUUCCGUCUGGAAGUCCAGCGGGGGAACCUCACCCCUGCAGCUCUCACGUCACAAACUGGACUGACACCUUUUGUCCUUCUUCUAGUCCUUUCCCUGCGGUGCUUGUCAGUCAGCACUCCUCGCCCUCUCGACACUUGACUUACCCAGAAUCUAAAUGUUUACAUCUGUGCUGCUUUUCUCUCUAUUGACUUUCACUCCUUUGCCGUCCGUCCUCUUAGUUUCUUCUGCAAACACCUUCAUCAUCCAGUAGAAGUAGGAUCAUAUCCACAGGCAGUUUGUUCCCAGCAGCAGCAAGACAUUGAAACAACUUAUUGAAUUAGGUCCUGACGUUGAGCAACUCAAACAUAACAUUGAAACAACAUGCUUUUUGACCCAUCAGCCUUGAUCACCCCCUGGGAGGUGAGGGGAGCAGUGGGCAGCAGCGGUGGCCACGCCCGGGAAUCAUUUUUGGUGAUUUAACCCCCAAUUCCAACCCUUGAUGCUGAGUGCCAAGCAGGGAGGUAAUGGGUCCCAUUUUUAUAGUCUUCGGUAUAACUCGGCCGUUUGCUAUUAUUAGGGACCGCAAUGUCCCUUUGGGACAGAGGACCCUAUUGUAAUUGUAAGGUUUUAUUAUUAUUAUACUUUCUUCAGCAAAAAUCAACAGGAAGUUUGCAAAUCCCCCUUCAAAACAAAGGUUUUGUAAAAACAGUCACCUUUGCCUCUUUGAGUUGUAAUUUGACCCCCCUUAACAUGCUUCACAACUCACCAAAUUUGACACACAAAUCAGGUCUGGCGAAAGUUGUCAUCUAAUCAAAAAAACAAACUUUAAAACUCAAAAUUGCGCUCUGGCGCCCCCUAGGAAGAAAACACAGACAAAACUGCCUGUAACUUCCAGUACGAAUGUCGUAGAGACAUGAAACAAAAACCUCUAUGUAGGUCUCACUUAGACCUAGAUUUCAUACAUCGACUUUCUUCAGCAAAAAUCAACAGGAAGUUUGCAAAUCCCCCUUCAAAACAAAGGUUUUGUAAAAACAGUCACCUUUGCCUCUUUGAGUUGUAAUUUGACCCCCUUAACAUGCUUCAAAACUCACCAAAUUUGACACACACAUCAGGACUGGCGAAAAUUGCCAUCUAAUCAAAAAAACAAACUUUAAAACUCAAAAUUGCGCUUUAGCGCCCCCUAGGAAGAAAACACAGACAAAACUGCCUGUAACCUCGAAUGUCGUAGAGACAUGAAACAAAAACCUCUAUGUAGGUCUCACUUAGACCUAGAUUUCAUACAUCGACUUUCUUCAGCAAAAAUCAACAGGAAGUUUGCAAAUCCCCCUUCAAAACAAAGGUUUUGUAAAAACAGUCACCUUUGCCUCUUUGAGUUGUAAUUUGACCCCCUUAACAUGCUUCAAAACUCACCAAAUUUGACACACACAUCAGGACUGGCGAAAAUUGCCAUCUAAUCAAAAAACCAAACUUUAAAACUCAAAAUUGCGCUCUAGAGCCCCCUAGGAAGAAAACACAGACACAACUGCCUGUAACUUCUAGUACGAAUGUCGUAGAGACAUGAAACAAAAACCUCUAUGUCGGUCUCACUUAGACCUAGAUUUUAUAAAUCGACUUUCUUCAGCAAAAAUCAACAGGAAGUUUGCAAAUCCCCCUUCAAAACAAAGGUUUUGUAAAAACAGUCACCUUUGCCUCUUUGAGUUGUAAUUUGACCCCCUUAACAUGCUUCAAAACUCACCAAAUUUGACACACACAUCAGGACUGGCGAAAAUUGCCAUCUAAUCAGAAAAACAAACUUUAAAACUCAAAAUUGCGCUCUAGCGCCCCCUAGGAAGAAAACACAGACAAAACUGCCUGUAACCUCGAAUGUCGUAGAGACAUGAAACAAAAACCUCUAUGUAGGUCUCACUUAGACCUAGAUUUCAUACAUCGACUUUCUUCAGCAAAAAUCAACAGGAAGUUUGCAAAUCCCCCUUCAAAACAAAGGUUUUGUAAAAACAGUCACCUUUGCCUCUUUGAGUUGUAAUUUGACCCCCUUAACAUGCUUCAAAACUCACCAAAUUUGACACACACAUCAGGACUGGCGAAAAUUGCCAUCUAAUCAGAAAAACAAACUUUAAAACUCAAAAUUGCGCUCUAGAGUCCCCUAGGAAGAAAACACUGACAAAACUGCCUGUAACUCGAAUGUCGUAGAGACAUGAAACAAAAACCUCUAUGUAGGUCUCACUUAGACCUAGAUUUCAUACAACGACUUUCUUCAGCAAAAAUCAACAGGAAGUUUGCAAAUCCCCCUUCAAAACAAAGGUUUUGUAAAAACAGUCACCUUUCCCUCUUUGAGCUGUAAUCUGACCCCCUUAACAUUCUUCAAAACUCACCACAUUUGACACACACAUCAGGACUGGCGAAAAUUUCCAUCUAAUAAAAAAAAACUUUAAAACUCAAAAUUGCGCUCUAGCGCCCCCUAGGAAGAAAACACAGACAAAACUGCCUGUAACUUCCAGUACGAAUGUUGUAGAGACAUGAAACAGAAACCUCUAUGUAGGUCUCACUUAGACCUAGAUUUCAUACAACAACUUUCUUCAGCAAAAAUCAACAGGAAGUUUGCAAAUCCCCCUUCAAAACAAAGGUUUUGUAAAAACAGUCACCUUUCCCUCUUUGAGCUGUAAUCUGACCCCCUUAACAUUCUUCAAAACUCACCACAUUUGACACACACAUCAGGACUGGCGAAAAUUUCCAUCUAAUAAAAAAAAACUUUAAAACUCAAAAUUGCGCUCUAGCGCCCCCUAGGAAGAAAACACAGACAAAACUGCCUGUAACUUCUAGUACGAAUGUCGUAGAGACAUGAAACAAAAACCUCUAUGUCGGUCUCACUUAGACCUAGAUUUUAUAAAUCGACUUUCUUCAGCAAAAAUCAACAGGAAGUUUGCAAAUCCCCCUUCAAAACAAAGGUUUUGUAAAAACAGUCACCUUUGCCUCUUUGAGUUGUAAUUUGACCCCCUUAACAUGCUUCAAAACUCACCAAAUUUGACACACACAUCAGGACUGGCGAAAAUUGCCAUCUAAUCAGAAAAACAAACUUUAAAACUCAAAAUUGCGCUCUAGCGCCCCCUAGGAAGAAAACACAGACAAAACUGCCUGUAACCUCGAAUGUCGUAGAGACAUGAAACAAAAACCUCUAUGUAGGUCUCACUUAGACCUAGAUUUCAUACAUCGACUUUCUUCAGCAAAAAUCAACAGGAAGUUUGCAAAUCCCCCUUCAAAACAAAGGUUUUGUAAAAACAGUCACCUUUGCCUCUUUGAGUUGUAAUUUGACCCCCUUAACAUGUUUGAAAACUCACCAAAUUUGGCACACA